AUGUUUGGCUCUCUCUCCCUGCCUCUCUCUGAGUAGCUUCCCUCCAUGUGCCCUCUCACUGGUCGGGCUUCAUAACCUUUUGAGAUAAGGAAAUUAAGAAAAGGAGUGAUGUUCCUCUAAGCUCAUCUCACGGAUCUUGCCUCUCUCUCUCUCUCUCUCUCUCUCUCUCUCUCUGGAAUUAUUGUGUAUAUAUUGUUCCUGUAGAAACACAAGGAAGGAAGUCCAAAGAAAUGGCUUCUUGGAAGAAAACCAUCACCACCCCAUUUAGGAAAGCCUGCACUUUCUUCAACCAACAGCCAAAACAGAAGAAGCCCCAAGAAGGGCAGGAGAAGAGUGUGGUGGAUCUGCAGGGGGAGGUGAUGGCAUGCGCAUACGAGGAUGUUCAGGUGAUGUGGUCGAUCUUGGACAAGUCCAAGGAGGCCACACAUUGCAACAUGACUUCCUGAUCAGCCACUCUCUCCAUUGCCCCCAUCCCCUUCAAAUCACUCUUUUUCUGAACUGUGUCUGUAGUUGCUGUGCUUCUUAAUUCACCUUUUGGGUAUGUUUUAGAAGGUGUGGCAAGAUGAACAAAGACCCAAAUUGAAGGAGAACCAAACACAAAAAACUCACAAAAAAAAAAAAAAAAAAACGGGAGGGAGGGGGAGGGAGAGAUGUAGUGCCUGAUUCUGCAGAUGAUAUUUGUUUUCUUGGGGGGUGAUUUUGUUGUUAUUGGAGUCAUGUUAGGUGAUUAGGGAAAGAAUCCCCAUGAUUAGUGUGAAGAUCAUGGCGAGAUUUUAAUCGAGAAUUUUAAAUCUUUGAUGUACCCGGUUGAUGCU